AUGAAUAUACAUUUUGGUGCAAGUCUCAAGGUUUGCUGGAUCUUGGUGGCCAGUGGUAACAUUCACCUCAUGCUGGAACAAAGUCAGAAUAUGGGCUGGUUCAAAGGUUGGUCAAUUACCAGGAAAAAUGAAAACCUCUCUGGUACCACACUGCUUGAAGCCCUCGACAGCAUUCAGCCCCCAGAACGCCCAAUAAAGAAACCUCUUCGUCUCCCUCUCCAGGAUGUCUACAAGAUUGGUGGCAUUGGCACCGUACCAGUUGGCCGGGUUGAGACAGGUGUUCUGAAACCAGCCAUGUUGGUGCAGUUUGCUCCCAAUCCAGUGAUCACUGAAGUGAAAUCUGUGGAAAUGCACCAUGAAGCCCUGCUAGAAGCUCUUCCUGGUGACAAUGUUGGUUUCAACGUCAAGAACGUCUCUGUUAAGGAUAUCCGUCGGGGUUAUGUUGCUGGUGACAACAAAAAUGACCCUCCAAUACAAACUGCUGAUUUUACUGCACAGGUUAUUAUCCUGAACCAUCCCGGUCAGAUAUCUGCUGGCUAUGCCCCAGUACUUGAUUGUCAUACUGCUCACGUUGCCUGCAAGUUCAAUGAGCUGAAGGAGAAAAUUGAUCGUCGGUCUGGCAAGAAGUUGGAAGAUGGCCCCAAAUUUGUGAAGUCUGGAGAUGCAGCCUUUGUUCACAUGAUGCCAACUAAGCCCAUGUGUGUCGAAAGCUUUUCUGAAUAUCCACCUCUUGGUCGCUUUGCUGUCCGUGAUAUGAGACAGACGGUGGCUGUUGGUGUGAUCAAGUCAGUUACUAAGAAAGAUAUUGCCACAAAAGCCACCAAGGCUGCCAGUAAAGUAUUAAACAAGAGGUGAAUGUUACCACUGGCCACCAAGAUCCAGCAAACCUUGAGACUUGCACAACUA